AUGGCACCGAAUCUCCGCCUGGUCACUGCGUGCCACUGCAACUUCCUUCCUCAAGGUACGUGUUUCCCCGCCGAGGUCGUGGACGGUCGCGGGGUCAGGUCAGUGGAGCCCUCCGAUGUACCGGGCAGCCGGAGAAGCACCGACGUAUCCGACCAAUCAAGCGCCUCGUCCCCUCCCCGGCCGACACUGGAAUGUGGGCUCGACCCUCGGCCCUCGUCCCUCGCCCCUCCCCCCUCCACACCCCGUACAGAGACCGACCCCCCCAACUACGCCGGGGUCCACUGCAUUCCUAGAGGAGGUCAUUCAGCCCAGCUCGAGACAAUGGAGGCGAAUGGGCGUCUCGUUACUCUCGUUACUCGCCACAUGUUGGCUUUCGACCGCCGCCUUCAAUAUUGCCAGCCCCCUAAGGUCGAUGAGCACACGCACACGCCAUGCGCGUACGGAGCCCGGAUUACGGAGUAUAUGAAUAUCAUCAGUUGGAAUAGGCCCCCAAUCUUGCUACAAUGUUUGUUCCCGGUCAUUCAUAUCACCGUCGGUCGCAUCACAUCAUCCCCAAUUCUUCCCGUCAUGGGUCGCAUGAAGAACGAAGUGGACUCCAUGUCCGAUAGCUUGGAAUCUCUCGAGACCAAGUCGUCCAUGUCAGGGAGUGCAAACUCUCUCCUCACCCAGCCCAAGCCCUUCAACCUUAUCCUUCUUUCGGUUCUCUUCUUCCUGCUGUUGGCGUCUAUUGGCGGUUUGAGCACUUCGGCCGUCGAGUUCAAGCAGCCAUCGACGGUGAGAGGCACGGGGGUAACCCAGAGCUUCGUUCUGUUCUCUUCCCUGAUCAGCCCUCUCUACCUAUUCCUGCAUAUCAUUGUGUCUUUCGGCAACUACCAAAGCUCACGGCAAUCUCUCCAGGCGCCCGUCGUGUCCUGGGCGGUCAUCCUGGCCCGAAUCAGCCUCAUUCUCUGGGUGGUGACCUUGGUCUUGACAGCGAUUACCGUAUCUCAUCCCCAGUCAAACUCGGUGAUCACCCGAUCCAACCUUGCGCUUGCCACCUUUGGCGUGACCUGUCUGGCGAUCUUAGUGUUCACCAUGGAGAUGACAACCAAACCUUUCGAGCUCCCCUUUACACCACGCAAGUCGACCGUCACAUGUCUGGUCCGCUCCUUCGAAGACGAUUUCAAAUGCGAGCCGACCAUCGGACACCACUGCCGGACCAUGACCCUAGACUCAGUCUCUUCGGGGGGUUCCGGCCGUUCCGGCCGUUCCAGCCGUUGUAGUCGUUCGAGCAGCUCCAGGAAACGAGCCGUCCCAGUCCCCUGCAACAGGGUUUCCACCAUCUUGGAAGAAGAAACGCAGUCGAGGGUGGGCAGCGAGACACCCGACAGGCCCAUGAUGCCGGAGCCGUGCCACGUCCCGCCGCCGGGAACUGCGUGGGCUCGGGACUGGGAACAGCUCGCGGUGGAGACGGGAGUGCAUCGGAACAACUCUGUCAGCGACUAUGGUUCUACGGUCGAGAGUGACGACGCCGUGGAUCAGAGGUGGCAUCUUCGUCAACCACCUCCCGCCAUUGUGGUCACGUCUAGUUGAAGGGACGCUGUCGCUGACGGGAGAACGGAAACGGCAGAGAAGGGAUUAUCAUAUUAUGAUGUGUCGUGUAAUGUAAUAUUUAGUGGUUGGAGUCUGGGCGGUUGUGUGCUUGCUAUUGAUAGUUGAUACCCCCGGAAAUGAUAAAAGUCCUG